UUCUGACUUGACUUGCCAGUUGCCUACCCUGCAGCAAGAUAACGAUGGCUUCUUCUCGUUUCGGCCUCGUGUGCCUCGGAGCUUUUAUUUUCUCCGGUACCCAAGCUUUUGGUGUGCUCCAGAGCAGAGGAAUCGUAACAUCAAGUUUUGCUCCUGCCAGAUCUCUUGCUUCUCCAACAAGGGGACGGUCGGCGCCUGGACACCGCCGCUCGCUUUCUAUGGAAGGGGUAAACCCCCGCGAGGACGCGGAUUUCGAAAUGACGGUCGACUGGGAUGAAGAGCUUCGCAAGCUUAACGCGAGCCAGUACGGGAAGCGGCAGGAGCGCGACUUGACGAAGGACAUGAACGAUCCGGAGGCCGUCAAGUGGGCCAGGAAAAACGCGAAAAUCGCUCAGUCCGCCAUGGAGGACCGUACCAAACAGGUUCGGGGCGCCAUGCGCAAGGCUCCCCGGUGGCAGACCCUGUCCCGCGACUACCGAUUCUGGUUGGGGCUCGUGGUGGCCCUAAGCCUGGUGUCGUCCGUGAUCAGCGCCUCCGGGAGAUCCCACGACCUGGUGGUGUGGAACGACGUUCUCGGGAGCGAGCCGUUCGGGGAGGCGUUGUUCGCGCACGCCGCGUUGCUGGCCGCGACCACGGCGCACUCCGCUGGCGACGCGGCGACUCAGCUGGCGGAGACCGGGGCGGCGAUGGUGUUUGCGUGAGGCACACGCGAGCGCACGCCCACGCGCACGCGCACGCGCAGAAGGGACAACUACUGCUGCUGCUGCUGUGAGGGUUUCGAAUCCCCGGCAAAACCAGGCGGAGUGAACCGAGGGGGGGGGGGGGGAUGGUGUGUGAAAUGUCCACCGCGGUGCCCCCAUGACGGUAGGGGGGAACGCAAACUGGAAGAUUCCGGGGAGGCGACGCAGAUCAAUAACAGUGGACGUGUGCCCAGAGUGAGAUGCGUGGGCGCGGCAAUCGCCCGCCGUUAAGGGUCCAGAAAGUCCAUGCCGGUGUUCUGAUCCACCCAUGUAAAUAGGGAACGGGGGUAGGGUAGGCGGGGUACACCGUUUGUAUGUGAGCGGGAGCGCUGACACGACCGCAGUCUUGCCUGGCGAUUGGAACUUCCAAGGCCGAUAUAACGCGAGAGCGGUGUUCAGAGCAGCCCGUGUGGGCGAGAGGUGGGUGUGCGAGUGCGGCUUUCGGUUGCAGCGGGAGAUUCGAUGAGAAGAGAAGAUCCGAGCAUUGUAUGUGGUGUGUGGGUGGCCGGUGAACUUGGAGACUGGAGGUCGCACCUUCCCGCGGAAGAGAUGGGCAACGACACCACAGCAGCAGCAGCGGAGGUAGAAUGUGCGUUUGUGCUGGUACCCAGCAGCCCCGCCAGCUUGUGGCUCGGCGUGGUAGUGUGAAUUAAUUAAGCAGAUGUGAUCAUGUAUGUGGGUUCACGCGAAGAGCGUGGUGAAUCAUCUG